AUGUCUCUGUUUGGUGCUUAUUCCCUCUGUGAGGUUGGCAAGGAUGCAGCUGGAGUUGCUGGGAACAUCUUUGCUUUUGGGUUGUUUUUAUCCCCCAUACCUACAUUUAGAAGAAUCAUCAGAAAUGAGUCAACAGAAAUGUUCUCAGGGUUGCCAUAUAUUUAUUCUCUCAUGAACUGCUUCAUCUGCUUGUGGUAUGGCACACCUCUUAUAUCACCUGAUAAUCUGUUGGUGACAACUGUUAACACAAUUGGGGCAGCCUUUCAGCUUGUGUACAUAAUCCUCUUCUUGAUAUAUGCUGAGAACGCAAGAAAGGUGAGAAUGCUUGGAUUACUGUUAGCAGUUUUGAGCAUAUUUGUGAUCAUACUAGUUGGAAGCUUGCAAAUUCAUGACAGUGCAAUGCGCCAGAUGUUUGUGGGAUUCUUGAGUAGUGCUUCUCUCAUUUCAAUGUUCGCUUCUCCAUUGUUUAUAAUUAAAUUGGUCAUUCGGACAAAAAGUGUAGAGUUUAUGCCGUUUUAUCUUUCACUUUCCACCUUCCUGAUGAGCAUAUCCUUCUUUCUUUAUGGAUUUCUUAGUGAUGAUGCCUUCAUUUAUGCACCAAAUGGGAUAGGAACUGUUUUAGGAAUGAUGCAAUUGAUAUUAUAUUUCUAUUACAAGAGGUCAUCCAUCGAAAACUGCAGAGAACCCCUGAUAGUGUCGUAUGAAUGA